GUGACAGCGAUUCAUUUCCGUUGCGUCUGUGUGAUCAAAACAAAACCUAGUUUUGAGAACUUCGACAGUAGCAUCCAUGGCGAGUAGGAGGUGCCUGCGAGCCUUAACGAAAACGACGCCGUUUCUCUUCAGAAGCUCAUCGUCUCUUCGCUCACUCACUGUGCCUCCAUUUCCUCGCGCCAAAGCUUCUUCGCCGCUUUUCGCCAAACCAGCCUCCGCUUUUGCACGAUGGCCACACCCACGCUACUUCUCUUCCGACAAACGCAGCGACGAAGACGAUAAUAGCGAAGAGGAUUACGAUGAUGAUGAAGAGGAGGAUUAUGAAGACGGUGAUGAUUACGUCGCUGCGUCGCGUGGGAAAAAGGUGUACACGGCGGAGGAGAAGGAGGCGGAAGCGGCGGAUAUUGGCUACAGAGUGGUGGGUCCACUUCAAAAGGACGAUGACGUGUUUAAGCCCUACGAGCCUGUUUUCGCUGUUGUUCAGAUUGGUUCGCACCAGUUUAAAGUAAGCAACGGGGACAGCAUUUUCACUGAGAGAUUGAAGUUUUGCGAAGUGAAUGACAAGUUGAUUCUGAACAAAGUUCUGUUGCUUGGCUCUGCUAGUCAGACAAUUGUUGGCAGACCUAUAGUGCCCGAUGCAUCUGUUCAUGCUGUUGUCGAGGAGCAUGCACUAGAUGCAAAGGUAAUUAUUUUUAAGAAAAAGAGAAGGAAGAAUUACCGAAGAACCAAAGGGCAUCGUCAGGAGUUGACCAAGUUAAGGAUAACUGAUAUUCAAGGAAUUGAGAAACCUCAAAAUGCCAUCAAACCUGAAAAGCCUUCAAAAUCUACUAAGAAAGAACAGGAAAAGGUUGCUAAGAAAGAAAAGGAAAAGGUUGCUGUUACUGCUUAAAGGGAUGUACCUACCCUCUUGGCUGUUGACGGCGGUUAUUGAUAUCUUUAUGUCUCAAAUGAGUUUUGAUAGUUUGAUGGCAUGUAGUGAGCAUGAUGGUAUUGCUGAUAGCCCCAUUGUAGGUGGAAAUAGUCAAUCAUCCACUCGGUAAUCAGGUUUUGUAGGAUUAUUACACAAUUUUUCUUUUCCCUUUGUAAUGCCAUAAUUAGUGGUUCGAUGUUUGAACAUAGAUCCAUUGAUUCUUAAACUGCUUUCAAGGUCUCAAGAAAUUUAAUAAUGACUCCUGUAUUUUUUGUUA